AUGGGAAAGGAGUGGAUCAGUGAAAGUCGUUAUUUGAAGCGCGUUAAGGGACGCCACAAGGGAGAGUCCUCUUUCUCAUUUUUUUACCUAUUUCCCUCCCCUCUCUUCCCCUGCCUAGUAACGUCAUGCAUCUCUCAUCCCCCACGCUCUCUCUUCAUCUCCCCCGCUCUCCCCCACGCCUCCCGCUUUCCCCUCAGUAGCCUGCGUGCGCCGCUUAUCCACCCGUGCUCCUUUGCUUUCUCCCCUCCCUCUGCACCCACUUCUCAUCUUCGCUCUGCUCACCCCUCGUUCCCCCUCCUCUCCCCUUUCCCCCCUAUUCCGCUCCCCUUGCCACCGCCCCCUCAUCAUCCCCCAUUUCCCUCACCUCCUUUGCCCCUUCAUGUCCGUCCUAACCAUCCCCAUCCCCCCUCCCUCCCCUCCGCCUUCCCCCACUCACCCCUCAUCUGCCCCCACCCAUUCACUCCUCGUGCGCAUCCCCCAUCCAUCCCUCUUGCCAGGCAACCCACCCACCCAACCCCCCUCCUCCUCCCCCUCCGCCUCCACGCUCUCCUAGUCCCCCCCCAUCUCUCAUUCCACCCCCACUCACCCCUCAUCUGCCCCACCCAUUCACUCCUCAUGCGCAUUCUCUCAUGCCCCCCCGCCACCCCCCCCCCCCCCCCCCCCCCCCCCCCCCCCCCCCCCCCCCCCCCCCCCCCCCCCCCCCCCAUCUCUCAUUCCACCUCCACUCACCUCUCAUUUCCUCGCAGCUCUCUUUCAAUUCUCUCCACGCCCCUCUCCCGCUCAAUCCCCCAUCUUCCCCUCCUCCCGCCCCUAGCUGGCCUUGUUCUCUGCGUGCCAUUUUACCGACUCAAUUGCCUGGUUUGGCACGGGUGA